AUGUCCGAUGGCCGAUGCGCGCUAUCGUCGAGAGGGACCCCGGCCUGGAUCGGGCUAAGACCGCAGCUAGACCAACGACACGCUGGCCUGCGAUAA